AUGAGUGAAAAUGAGGAAGGUGGUGAUGAAGAGCAUGGAGGCGGCGAUGAUUCGAUCAACAAUUCAUCGGACGGUACAGAGAUCUCAUCUGCUGAGAAUCCUUCAAUUACGCAGAGGUUAGAUGACGUUCUUGUGGAGGAUGAAGUGGGUAUGCUGGCUAGGUGUUUGUGCAUGCCUCUUGUUUCUAUCCGUGUUGGGAAGAUCACCAAGCAAGGGAGCCUCUUAUGUUCGACACCCAUAAGAAGCAAUAGGGACUUGCUCAACAUGGAGAAGAAGAGGACGUGUGUUAUUCACAUCAUUGAAAAUGCAAGACAUCUAGCAAAAUACAGAAUGUUGGUCAGCCUGAUCAGAUUGUGUGCGACCCUUUUGCCUCAAUCUUCUUACUCUCGACCCCUUCCCACUUACAACGAUGGAUUCAGGCUAAGAAAACCCCAGUCACGAGGAUUGACGAACGACUCACACCUUGGUGAACAGGACACUACUACUGCCAUUAGGGUUGCAGAGAGUAUUUGUAUACUGCGUCACAUCAAUUUCAGUAAAUCAGUGCCAGUAGCUGCAAAGAAAAAUCAUUUCUGGACCCACAGAAUUAUAAUACAAUGGUGGAAUCAAAAUCCAUUGGAGACCCUUUAUUUACGAUGGAGAGCCGACCUACUGGUGAACACGAUGAGACUUCUGACACUGAAAGACCCAUGCCCCAGUGUUUGCCAACAUUGCCUGAUCACCAAUCUCCCAAAAAGGUUAGCCAUGUCUGUCACACGCCAUCAUUUUAAUCAUUACUUAUCUAACAAUUCAUUCUGCUCUGGUUCAGCAAAAGAGAUGCAACGGGUUCGCUUGUUUGAUGUGUUGGGGAAACAAACAAAGAACUUGAGAGCAUCCUCAGUUGAGUAA